CCAUCUCAUUGUCAUCGUCAUCAGCAAACAUUUUUUUUUCGUUUGUUGAAUUUGAAUUUGAAAAAAAAUUUGUUUCCGAUUGUCAAAAGUUUAUCUGUCGCAUUUUAGACAUCUGUCACCGUUUUUUAUCUGAUGGUUAAUUAAAACGACUACUACUAUUCAACACAUCAACAUUUAGAAUCGUCAUCGAUUUUUUUUUUGUUUUUAUUUUUUUUAUUGUUGUCGUCGUCGUCGUCGUUGUUGUUGUAUGAUUGAGAGCUAAAACAAGAAAGAGAUAUAGAUAGAAGUAUCGCCACACGAAACAAAAUAUUAAAUAAAAAUUUCUAUCAAAAUCCAUUAACAACAACAACAACAAAAUAAAAUCUAAACACCGAUAACAACAACAUCAAACACACACACACAUAUAUAUAGACACAAUAAACGGCCAUGUCGGCCGAAAAUGAACGGAUACAGAUCAGCGAUGAAUUGGUUAAUCGUUUGAAAAAUUAUAUGAAUGAUCCGAUGUAUAAAGAAGCAGUGGAAAAUUCAUCAACAUACAAUGAACGAUUGGUAAAAGAACGAAAAUUACGUUUGCCAUUUAUCGACGCUCAAACUGGUGUUGCUCAGAGUGACUGUUAUAUAUGGUCCUCGAAACUUGAUCGUAUGCCGGGCUAUCAUUCAGCCCAAUUAUAUUCAUAUCCAGCACGAAGAUGGCGAAAGAAACGGAGACAAUAUCUGUUGAAUGAUAAUUAUUCAACAACAAAUACGAUUAAAGAACAUUCGGAAUCAAAUUCAAAUGAUUCAGCGUUAAUAUCAGCAAUUGGGGGCCAAAUCGGCCCAAAUGGUGGUGGUGUUGGUAGUGGUGUUUCAAAUCCAGAUGUUUCAACAAUAAAUAUGAAUGCAACAAAUUAUAAUAAUAAUAAUGCAAAUAUUGUACAAAAUGGCAAUUGUUUAUCAAUGAACAACAAUACGAAUUCCAAUUCUGCCUUGAAUGACAUAUUCGAUGAUUCAAAAGAUUCAUGGCUACGUUAUGAUGAUGAUGUUAGUGAUCUGCCGGAUGCAGGUGAACUGGAUGAUCCAGAAUCUGAUUAUGACGAUUAUGAAGAAUAUAAUUCAAGAAAAAAGAAAUCAAAACGUAAAGAAACAACGACGACUUCGUCAUCAUCUUCAUCGACAACGACACCAACAUUGAAAAAGAAACGUUCCGAAUAUACGGAUUCAGAAAAACCGUAUCAAUGUGAAUUGUGUGGUGCUCGUUAUAAAACACGUCCAGGAUUAUCCUAUCAUUAUUCACAUAGUCAUCAAGAGAAUAAUACUUCUAAUAAUAGUAAUGGUGCAUUAUCAUCCGGUAAUGGUUCAUUGAUACCGGAUGAGGAUUCCAAUUUUUUUGGAUCAACAACUAUACAGAAUGCAAAAUCUAAUAUGCAGCAACAAAAUCAGCAGAUAAUAGCUGGAAAUCAUCAUCACCAUCAUCAUCAUCCUCAUUUACAUCAUAGUAUUCAGUCUCCUAAUACUAAUCAUUCAUCAUCGUCGACACCAUCCAGUCAUCAUCAUUCACAUCAUCAUCAUUCUCAUUUACAUCAUUCAUUAUCACAAAAUUCACAAUCACCAAUACCGAUAAUUGGAACGAAUCAUUUGCCAAUUAAUUCAUCGUCAUCAAUUUCGGCAACACGUGGACAAAUCAAUCAAUCAUCGGAUGAUAAUUUAAAGGAUCGAAAAGAGAAUAAUAAACAACAAAAAUCCACAACAACAACAACAGCAACAACAACAACAACGACGAUGACAACAACAACAAACACGACAACGAAAAGAGCAUCACCAUCGAAUUAUUGUGAUUUUUGUUUGGGCGAUUCAAAUGAGAAUAAAAAAACACAGGAAGCUGAAGAUCUGGUUUCAUGUUCCGAUUGUGGACGUUCAGCACAUCCAUCUUGUUUACAAUUUACACCAACAAUGAUAUUAUCAGUGAAAAAAUAUCGUUGGCAAUGUAUUGAAUGUAAAUCCUGUGGUAUUUGUGGUACAUCCGAUAAUGACGAUCAAUUACUUUUUUGCGAUGAUUGUGAUCGUGGCUAUCAUAUGUAUUGUCUAAAACCACCGUUAACUGAACCACCGGAAGGUUCAUGGAGUUGCCAAAUUUGUAUAGAAGAAUAUCAUACGCCUAAAUCAACAUCGACGACUACUAUCACAUCAACCACAACAGCAACAACAACAACAAUGCCGGCAAUAGCCACUAAUAAAGAUGAAAUCAAAUAAUAUAAUGAUUGUAACAAAUUCAAAAAUAACGUUAAUUGAUUCCACAACAAUAACAACGACGAC